AUUUUUAUAACAUGCAAGCAAACCCCUGCCCCCCAAAAUGAAAAGAAAAAAAGUAUCCUAAGUAUCCUUUAUAUAAAACUAUUUAUCAUCAAUCUGCAACACCUAAUAAUAGACACCGCAGAUAACAGCCUGUAUAAUGAUCAUAUUUAUUACCUUCAUUACCUGCCUUUUACUAUAAACAACAGUUAACAUGACAAUGAUUUACCCCACGUGCUGCACCUGCUGCAUCGCCAUUCAAUAACUGGCUUUCCUUUUAGCAUCACUCCUACAUGUUGAUCAAACUGUAUCCAAAAGACAUGCCUCCUGCAGCUGCUCAGCCUUGUAUUCCCCUCUCUUUUCUUGCCAGUUAGUUAUCGAUUUAUUGACUGAGGCUGUGUGGCAGUGUCCCUUUGAGCCUCUUCCUUUCUCUCUCACUACCCAGCAGUGACAAUACUUUACAGUGUCCGUGUUCCUGUCUCCAACCUUUAUUUUUAAGGUCCCUGAAAAAGCUGUAAACUAUAUUUCACUCAAAAUCUGGUGUCAGAUCCUCCCAAAGCAUUGAAACAGCCCUUGUCAAAAUGAAUGCCAUUCUGACCCACUUCGUUGUUUGUUUCUUGGUUAAAUUUUUUUUAUCAAUUUUGCCACAGUUUUUCUACCCAAUUGAAAAGGUUCAAUUUUAAUCACGCUUACCAAUCAGAAGACCUGGUAAUCCGCUGGUGACCUCUGUUUACUCUGAAGCCAGUUGCAUCUUGGAUGUUGCCAAGAGCUGAACGGAUGGCUGGCUUGUGGAAAUCAUAUCAGAGGCUGAUGUUAAUACACCCCUGGAAAAUACAAAUUCUCACUGCUGGUACUCUGGUAGGUGUUGGGGAUGUUAUUUCCCAGCAGCUGGUGGAAAGGAAAGGCUUCGCCAAUCACAGUGUGAAAAGGACAGUAAAGAUGAUGGGCAUUGGAUUCUUCUUUGUGGGUCCUGUAGUAGGAGGAUGGUACAAGGUCCUUGAUCGGCUUGUUCCUGGAGGAAACAAAACUGUGGCUUUAAAGAAGAUGCUGCUUGACCAGGCAAUUUUUUCUCCUUGCUUUCUUGGCUGUUUCCUUACUAUCAGUGGAACCUUGAAUGGACUGACAAUGGAGGAAAACUGGAACAAGUUAAAGAGGGACUUCAUUGAUGCCUUGAUAGCAAGCUACUAUCUCUGGCCAGCUGUACAGAUUGCUAAUUUCUAUUUUAUACCACUAAAUCACAGAUUGGCAGUGGUCCAAGUCGUUGCUAUAGUGUGGAAUACCUACCUCUCUUGGAAGGCCAAUAAGAUGUAAUGGAUUUCUUCAGAAACCCUUCUUACCUCAUUAAUUGAAAAACUCUAACUAACAGCUCUAACGCUUAGUUUGGUUGGUAACUGUUUAUUUUUCAUUGUGUAUUUGCUUCUUAUACAGUUUUAUUUUUCUCCAAACAGUAGUCCUAUGUGAACUCUGUUUUGUAUAAUUGCUUGGUUUAAGAUCAGAAAAUUAGAACAUAAAGAAGUUUUGAAACUUA